AUGCAGUUGAACGCUGAUCACGGCAUCCCGAUGUUCUCUUACGUCUGGCUGUCGGACGUUCCGCAUAGCAACGACCACGCUUUGUUUGUGCUGGACGAUCCAGUACACGAGCUACUUCGAGACAUGCAAGAACGACGUGCCUUCGAAAACACUGCGCUCGUCCUGUUGAGUGACCAUGGCGCGAGGUUUGGCAGCAACCAUGACACGGUCAUCGGCAGGCACGAGGACAAGACACCGUUCGGAUACCUCCGGCGUUUGGUUACAGCGUACGAUCUUCACGCCACCCUCUUCCACCUCUUGCGCUACGCGCACACUGCCUCCAAUGCUUCCCUACGCACAGAUAGGGGUCUUAGCCUUCUGGGUCGUGUGCCUCCAGAGAGGAACUGUAGCGACGCCUUUGUACUUGUAGAGUUCUGCGAGUGCGUCGCAGCUGGCGUAGACUCGGACCUGAAGUCAAAUCUGGUGCAGUCAUUCGCGACAUUUCUGGUGGAGUACCUCAACCGUCUCAACGAGGCCAAGUUUCCCGCUAUGUGCGUCAGGUGGCAGCUUGCGAGUGUGACGGACGCAUACGCGCUCGAUGGCCAGCAGAGCGGCGUGGUAACCAUGCGGGCGGUGGUCGUCACUCUGCCAGAAGCCCACUUUGAGGCGUACGGCGAGGUGCACGACGGCCUGGAGCGGCGGAUUUCUUUCGUGCAGAUGCUGGACUGGUAUGCCAACCAGACAGGAUGCCUUCCGCCGAGCCUAUGGCAGAAGCUGUGCUACUGCGCCUCCACGUAG